CUUCAUGCGACGUGCAUGUGGUCCACGCAUUCCGUCGCUUUCGGUUCUCCUUGUGCCCAACAAACACACUGCUGACUGCUGAUGUCCUUCUGUUGCAUUGCACACACCGAAUCAUUGAGGUUCAUCGGUGCUCUUUGCUUGCAAGCGACAAAGCCAUUCCAACGAAUAUCCACAGAAAUAUCCGCCCCAAAUCAUUUCCCGCAACAGCAGCCAGCCAGCUGUUCGUCCUAGGGUCAUGCGCGGCGCCGCGUACGACUAGGGGACGCGCGCGCCUGCCAUGGCCGCGCCCGCAGCCGCCUGCGACCUCCGCUUCCUCCUUGUGGGGUUGUUGUUGGUGGUGGUGGUGGGAUCCCGCCUCGUACGGCCCCCCGAUGGCGGCGGCAUUCCGACGACGCUGGACGGCCCGUUCGAGCCGGCGACGCGGGCGUUCGACCGCGCGCUCCGGCAGGGGAGCGACGACGUGCCGCUCACCGACCCGCGCCUCGCGCCGCGCGCGCGGCCCCCCGCGCCCGAGCAGAUCGCGCUCGCCGCCUCCUCCGACGCCACCUCGGUCUGGGUGUCGUGGGUCACCGGCGAGGCGCAGGUGGGAUCCCACCUCACCCCGCUCGACCCGUCCACCGUCCGCAGCGAGGUCUGGUACAGCGAGAGGCCCUCCCCGACGGCCGCCGCCGCCGGCGACGUCUCCGGCCACUACCCGCACGUGGCGAGGGGGAAGGCGGAGGUGUACAGCCAGCUCUACCCGUACCCAGGCCUCCUCAACUACACCUCGGGCGCCAUCCACCACGUCCGCCUCCGGGGCCUCAGGCCGGCCACGCGCUACUACUACCGCUGCGGCGACAGCUCCGUCCGCGGCGGCGCGGGGCUCAGCGGCGAGCUAUCCUUCGAGACGCUCCCCUCCUCCGCCGCCGCGGCGUACCCUCGCCGGGUGGCGGUGGUGGGGGACCUGGGGCUGACCGGCAACUCGACGUCCACCGUCGAACACCUCGCCCGCAACGACCCGUCGCUGGUGGUCGUGGUCGGCGACAUGACCUACGCCAACCAGUACCGCACCACCGGCGGCAGAGGCGUCCCCUGCUUCUCCUGCUCCUUCCCCGACGCGCCGCUCCGGGAAUCCUACCAACCGCGAUGGGAUGGCUGGGGAAGGUUCAUGGAGCCGCUCACUUCGAGGAUCCCAAUGAUGGUGAUCGAAGGGAACCAUGAGAUCGAACCACAGGGACAAGGUGGAGCGGUGACCUUUGCAUCCUACCUGGCAAGAUUCGCCGUUCCAUCCGAGGAGUCUGGCUCUAACACCAAGUUCUACUACUCGUUCAAUGCCGGGGGCAUCCAUUUCAUCAUGCUCGGUGCCUACGUCGACUACAACCGGACAGGAGCCCAGUACUCGUGGUUAGAGAAGGAUCUGCGAAAGAUUGAUCGACGAGUCACACCUUGGGUUGUGGCUGCUUGGCACCCGCCCUGGUAUAACAGCUAUUCCUCGCACUACCAGGAAUUUGAGUGCAUGAGACAAGCAAUGGAAGGGCUCUUGUACCAACAUGGUGUCGACAUUGUCUUUUCAGGGCAUGUGCAUGCUUAUGAGAGGAUGAACCGGGUGUUCAACUAUACUCUCGACCCCUGUGGGCCGGUCUACAUUACCAUUGGAGAUGGAGGGAACAUUGAGAAGAUUGAUAUCGAUCAUGCUGAUGAUCCUGGAAAAUGUCCCGGUCCUGGUGACAACCACCCUGAAUUUGGUGGAGUCUGCCAUCUCAACUUCACCUCUGGUCCUGCCAAGGGGAAAUUUUGCUGGGAGAAACAGCCGGAGUGGAGCGCGUUCAGGGAGAGCAGUUUCGGACAUGGCAUCCUAGAGGUGGUUAAUUCUACAUAUGCAUUAUGGACAUGGCACCGUAACCAGGAUGCAUAUGGAGAAGACAGCGUGGGGGAUCAAAUCUAUAUAGUUCGGCAACCGGACAAAUGCUUGCUUCAGACUACGAGUGCGUCGUCUGAAAACAACUGUCCCUCUGAAGGAUGCCCUUCUCUAGUGAGCAACAGUGGCUACGGUGCACAGAAGGAUAUUAUUAGAAGUGGCCAUCUCAUUUGGAAUGCUUCUCUAGUCAUAUGGAUGAUCUUGAUCAGCACAGUUUUCAUGAAGGGAAAUUUGUGCUCUCGUUUCUAGCCUGGAUUGGUCAACAAACAAGAGGAACCAAAGCACCAGCGAACCAAGAUGUUAUACUGUGUGUGCUCUUGGAUUUGUGUGGUGGCCAAAGCUGGACUCUGGUUGGUUGUGUGCAGUAACCAUCAUUGCUUUUGGUAGUACAUACUCCUACAUCUACAUGAGUUUAUGAAAUAGUCGUCGGCUUUUAUUUACUCAAUUGUCAGUGCUGACCAUGUUUCCAUGAACACGCUGAUGCAACUAACUCCUUUUUCUAUCUAAAGUAGAAUGGUCCAAAUAACCAAAUGCCUUGAAAUGGGUGUAGUGUGGUGUAUUUGUUUUUGUUGUUUGAAAGAACAGUGUAGAGGUUUCUAUUGGAGUAUAUACUACUGCAACAACUAGAAGUCAACGACUAAACCAUGGGCAAUUAUUGUAUUAUUGUAUAUA